AUGUACUGGACGUAUUUGAUCAGGUACACUUGCUUAGCAAGCAACAAGAACGGACAAGUUCAGCACUCGUUCGACUUGAGCAUCAUCAACAGUUCUGUACCGUUGAUCAUCGACAGUCCGCAGUCGAGAUCCGUAACACCGGGUCAAUCCGUCACACUUGUAUGCCGUGCCAGUGGUCAACCACCUCCGAAGAUCACAUGGACGUUUGAUGGCCAUCCGCUCGACGCCACCGACCCACACGUUACGCUGGUCCGAUUUGACACCGAGCUGACGAUUCGCCAUGUCACUCGUGAAGAUGAAGGCACCUAUAACUGCAGGGCAAGUAGCCCACUUGGAUAUGAUUCAGCCGAAGCAAAACUCAAAGUGAGGAUACCAAAUAAGGAAUUAUUGGACAGUUCACUGAAUGAAGAUAUUCUUCGAACAAUCGUUCAGCAGGCACGAACAAGCGUUGAUAGAGCAAUUAAUGAUUCGAAAAAAUCAUUUGGUCAUGAUACAACAUCUCCUUGGGAAUUCAUGAAGCAGUUCAAAUUCAAUGUACCGCAGAAUGUCGAACUGACAAAAGCUCGAGAAAUUUACGAGCAAAGUUUGUUACUUGUGCAAGAUCACGUGCGUAAUGGUUAG